AUGGCACCUGAGCCCUGCCCGGCCGGCACCGCGGGGAGAGCGCUGCCCCGCCGGAGCGCUUGUGCCGGGGCGCGGCGGGGCCGGGCUGACACCGCCUCCCCUCGGGGCCCGCCGGCGGCUGGGGACGGGGCACCGCCGGCCCCGCCGAGCGCUCCACCGCCUCGGCCCCUUCCCUCCGCAGAGCGCCGGCUGGCCGUGCCCGGAGCCGGACUUCGCCGGRGGCUCGGGCUGCGCCUGCCCCUGGUCCGCCCCCGCCGGUGUUUCCAAGGAGACCUGGGCUGCCGUCUGCGCCGCGGAGCCGCCCCACAGCCAGGGCCGGCGGGAGGCCAGUUCUGCAGCCCGCAGCUCGGUGCUCAGGAUGCGGCGUGGCAGGGAGACCAGCUGUCCUCCCAGCUCUACAGAAACAAGCAGCUUCAAGAUACUUUGCUUCAGAAGGAAGAGGAACUUGCUAGGUUACAUGAAGAAAAUAAUAACCUCCGACAAUACCUGAAUUCUGCCCUGAUUAAGUGUUUGGAAGAAAAAGCCAAGAAACUGCUGUCCGGCCAUGGACAAAAAACUAGUGCUAUCCUCAAAAGUACCAAGAGGAGAUUGAAAGAGGACCACUGCUUUGUUCCUCAAGAAACUCCUCAUGCUUCCAAAACUAGAAGGAAUCUCUUCAAUGAAUUCACUGCCUGUGAAGAGCAAGCCAGCCCUGCUGUGGACAGUUGGGUGUUACAGACCUUAGGAUUAAAAGAUGUGAACACUAUUGAUGAAGCUUCAGCUAACUACAGUGCCCUGUCCUCAGACCUUGGAAAAGAURCAUACUGCCUGAGCCCUGGGGGAGCAGAAGGCUAUGAGCACAGGGAAGGAGCAGCAGCAGUGUUUAGCUGCAGCCACGUGCCUCCAGCCAGCAGCAGCACCCUUCCAUGCAGCGAGGACUCUCCAUUUCUCCCUCAGUUUUCUUCAGCACCAUGCAUUUCCUCACCAGUGUCAAGCAUUUCCUCCCUGCCAGCCUAUGGGUUGCCUUAUUUGACUGCUGAUUUGUCACCAAACAAGACAGAAGUGGCCUUCACAACRUCUCUAAGUCCCCACCGCAAUGUGAGAACACACAGCUUCCACCAAGGACAGGCCUUUGUGCGCAGGGACGACGAUGGGGGAUGGAGAUUCACCUGGGUGCCCAAGCAGGCUGAAUGA